CGGCGCUGUCAAAUACUCAUGCCCGUGCGGGUUGUUAUUUAAUCAUAACAUAAAAUCGAGUUUUUGUGCGACAUUAUUGAAAUUUUUUGAAGAUAAUCGUUACAUUUCCAACAUAAAUCGCCGAAAUGCGUUUCACGGCCGUCCUGCUUCGACAGCACAUUGGGUUCCACUUCAAGAAACACUGGAUCGUCCAAGGUAAACGCGUUCCAAAUGACACGGGAGCGCAAGCGGAAUUAGCUGCCCAUGGUCUUCCGGUUGUGGAAAACCCCAGCGAACUGCUCAAAGAACCGCGGGAAAGGGGUCCAAAGUUCGAAGUCGUUGGACAAUUACCUCCGGUGGCCCAUUUGGACGAAAAUCAUCCGCUGUAUAAAAGCGAACAGUGCUACCUAUACGGGGAUCGGAACGUUCUGUUGGAAGGCGUCCGGCAGGCCCAGAUUUUGCUCAAUACGAUCGUUUACGAUGAGCUGCCCCUGAAAGUGGAAGAGCGGGUGGACAAAACCAAAAUUCCGACGCCGCUAGAUCGGUCGAUGCAGCAGUCGGUUCUGGCGGCUUUGGUGUAUGACACGGAACAGGUAAAAAUUGGAAUUGUAAAGGAUCCGGAACGGCCGGCAUUCAAGUUCCCCCGUGUCUAUGGAAUAUCGGACGAAAGAAGAAAUCGCCUCAUUCUGUCCAAACUGGUGACCCACUGCGAACGCUUCGUCGGCCAAGAGAUCACUUCCAAUCGCAAAGUAAUUGCCAACACGCACUUUAUUGUGCCCAUAACCAAGGAACUGGAUCGCAUCCAAUUCUCGUUGCGAGUGGACAGUUUUAUCACUUCGUCAACCCCUAUCAAACCGCUCGACAGUUCCGUCUACCGUCCGCAAGAUCAAUCGCUUCCGGAAAUUUUCCCCAUCAAGGAAACGGUCAGCAUUCCUACUACUAACUUCUACGAGUGGCAAAAUGAGUACCCCAUCAGUCGGCAGUAUAAAUCCUCUCAUCCUCACACGGUUUUGUUGCACUGCUCGCCUGAUUCCGUUGCCAACAUGUUUGAGACCCCGGUGACCGACGACCAGCGGGAAGCUCGGGCUAUGAUCAAAGCAUUUACUGUGGCAGCCGCUCGGGCACGGCAGCUGUAUGGGGACGACGUUAAAGAUCUCCCGGCACCGAUUACAGUCCAGGCGGUGCAAACCGACAGCAAGUGGUUCCACUUCAGCAUAUUUCAGCUGAACACGCUAGAGCUAAGUAGCGAAGAGGGAAAGAACCGAAACUUGUGGUUCCGCAAACCGCGAAUGGAUCUCUUCGCUGAGUGUGGCUAUUUGGUAGGCAAGCCAAGCUUGGUUGGGUAUAAUCGCGAUGUGCUGCGACACAUGGCCGUGUUUUACGGAAGCAGCUAAAGUGUUGACGAGUGGAGUGUGCUGUUGAAGCAUUCGCCAGAGAUAGAUUGUAACAAGGAGUGGAAACAUUGAAGCUGGAUUAGUGAAUAGUUAACAAGAA